AUCUGGUUUCUCAGAGCCUCCAAUCUGUUUUCUCCACACACACACACACACACACACACACACAAACACAGAGGCAUGAUAUGGUCUGGGGUACUCAGCUGUGCAGAUUUUACGUAGAUACUUAGAGGGGUCGAGGAACAAUUGUCAAGACAUGGACUUUAGCCAAAAGAAGCAUUGAAAACCUCUUGACUGCUUGGACUGGACACUCAAUAACUCCAGCUGACCUUGGAAAACUGAAAGGAGGGAAGUCAAAUUGUGUGACGCAAGGGUACAUCCAGUACCAUAAUGGCAAUCCCAAAUGACUUCUCCAUUUUCAACUCCACCUCCUAUUUAACAACAGAGAUCUAUCUGAACGCCUCUCUUGCCCCCUCUGACCCCCCCUGUGCAGAUUGGACUCCUGUACCCAUGACCACAGUCAUCCCCGCCAUCUACAGCGUUAUCUGCGUGCUGGGAACCAUAGCCAAUGCGCUGGCAGUAUGUGUGUUGGCCCAUGCCAGUGCCUUGAGGAGAACUGUGGCUAACACUUUCAUGCUGAACCUGUGUGUGUCUGACCUGCUGUUCCUGCUGUCUCUCCCGCUGUGGGCCGUCUACUACUCCCGGGGCUACAGCUGGCCCUUUGGCCGGCUGGCCUGCAAAAUCUGUGGGGCGCUCCACAACCUCAACCUCUACGCGUCUAUCUUCUUCAUCACGGCCAUGAGCAUAGACCGCUACCUGGCCAUCGUGCAUCCGCUCCGCUCCCAGAGUGCACGAGACCCCACACGUGCCCGGCUCACGUGCAUCCUGGUGUGGUUUCUGGCAUGUGCUUGCUCAGCCCCCACCCUGGCUCUGAGGGAUACACGCUACCUCAGUGGGCUCGAUGUGGAGGCCUGUGUGAUUUCCUACCCUGAUCAUACGUGGUAUCUGACCCUGGUCUGGAUGAAGAUUGCUCUGGGAUUCCUCCUGCCGCUGUUAGUCAUAUCUUGUUGUUACUGUGCUAUUGGUCGACAUUUGUUGGCUGAUACAGGGUUGGUAAGAAUGAGAAACUGUCACACCCCCCCCAGCAUGCCCUCUUUUAAAUCACUGGAAUCCCAGGAGAGCUGCAGUAAACCAGAGAGACCCCCGACCCCGUGUGUGAGCCCCAGCUCUAGUGGGGUCAGAGCCCUGGAGGGCAGAGGGCUGGAGCGGGUUUUGUGGACAGUAGCCGCUGUGGUCCUGGCCUUCUUCCUCUGCUGGUUUCCCUUUCACUGCGUGACCUUUAUGGAUGUUUUGAACAGCCAGGGCAAGUUGGACGGCUGCUGGGUAUACUGGAGCAUCCACAACCUCACCCCUCUCACCCUGUGUCUGGGCUUCUCUAACUCAGCCAUCAACCCUGUGCUCUACUGCUUCAUUGGGAACCAUUUCCGGGGCCGUCUCGGGGGCCUCUGUAAGGGCCUGUGUGCUUGUUUGAAGGCCCGUGGGGAAGAUCACAGCCAAAAGAGGGGCUCCUUUAGCACCAGGCUGAGCUCCUUCUCCCGAAAACUCAGUGACCUGAAAGACCUGGCGAUUGUGGAGCCCACAGGUCCUGCCUAACCAGCCCCCAGAGAGAAAACUUUCCGUCCACUGGCUUCACACUCCAAAGAAUGAAUGUCAAAUGACUGCUGAACUCCAAUAAGCAUGGACGUGUGAGACAGAACUGGUGCUGUAAUUGAUGGAGUAAAAUUCCAGCAGAGCUCAACUCUGCCUUACAAAGCUAGAAAAAAAGUAACUACAGAAAAGAUGAAGUCGAGAAAAAGGGUUGAAAGUUUUGAGACUGGUUAUCUAAACCAUGUAACAGAUGUAAUGCCUUUGUAGGCAGAUUAUUUUACACUCUUGCUUUCAACAGUCUUAAAGAAACUACAGCAGCUACAUGACAAUGUGAAAAUAAUGUGACACUCUAACAGGGUCAUUUUCUGUGAUAAAUUAUUUGCUGAAUCUGUAGCUCUACUCAGCUUCACAGAGCUUUACAGUGAGUUUCAGCUCAUUGUUUAGCUGUCCUGGUGCAGGAGGCAGCUGUUAUCAGUUUAAAAAGCUAUAGCUAUAUUAACCAGCUCUUUGUUAAUAAGCUCUCCAUAUCAAUAUAUGUUAAAAGAUGAUGUCAAUGUUCACAACUUCUUUCUGCUUACCUUGAGUAGGCAAAACAAAAUCAGUUAUUGUAAGUGUAAGGAUACAGAAAAAAAGCCUUCAAAUUGGUCAGUGGCUGAGAUGACAGCUAAUCAGCUAAGCUAAUGUUAGCAGGUCUAGUUUAGCUGCUAUUACCAUUUUUGUUUAUUCAUCAUAGUAAGAUUUAGCUUCUGUCUCAUUCAUAUGGAAUGACAAACAUAAUUGCUACAAUAGUGAAUGUUAAAAAUAUUUUUUCAAUUACAGAAAUAGAGUAGGAGAGUGUAAAUAUAGUGUGUGGUCUAUGGCUAGCUUUUUAGCAUAACGCUGUGCUUUUUGGCUUGGGUUUGUAGUCUUACAGACUAUACUUUUCUGUGGCAUAGUAAUAAUUUAUAUGGUAAAACAAAUGCCAAUAAAUAACUAAAUAAAUAAAUAAACAAAUCUGAA